CUAUAUAUCGUAGAGGUCCUAGAGCCCGGACUGUCGACGCCGGUGUCGUUAUUUCUUCGGGGCAGUGGCUCACCGUUUGUGGAUAACUACGUAUCCUCAUUAUAUCCAGGCAGAACAUUAAUAAUCCGAGAUAUAAUUUUGUUGAGGGUAUAAAAUGGCGGAUCUACAGGGAGCACCAGUGAGUCAAGACGCCCUGUCCGUUGGACAACUCGAGUUGGGAAAUAAUCCAAACGCAUUGGCGUUACGCAGGCCUUUUGAUCCAGUUGCACAUGAUCUUGAUGUUACUUUCCGUCUGACGCGUUUUGCUGAUUUGAAAGGAUGAGGGUGUAAGGUCCCUCAGGAGGUACUUGGUAAACUCCUUGAGGGACUACAGGCUGAUGAUGGUAGUGCACAGGAUCAUGAGCAUGCCCAUUUUAUGCAUAUGGCCAUUCCUAGAAUUGGUAUUGGUAUGGACUCCUCCGUAACGCCAUUGCGACAUGGUGGGCUUAGCUUGGUACAGACAACUGAUUUCUUUUAUCCUCUAGUCGAUGAUCCUUAUAUGAUGGGUAAAAUUGCUUGUGCCAAUGUGUUGAGUGAUCUUUACGCGAUGGGGGUGACAGAGUGUGACAAUAUGCUCAUGUUGCUUGGUGUCAGCACGAAGAUGACUGAAAAAGAACGGGAUGUUGUUGUACCACUUAUUAUGCGUGGCUUCAAAGACUCCGCUUUGGAAGCAGGCACUACAGUAACAGGUGGGCAGACAGUUGUCAAUCCUUGGUGCACUAUUGGAGGUGUUGCCUCGACAGUUUGUCAGCCUAAUGAAUAUAUCGUGCCAGAUAAUGCAGUUGUGGGUGACGUAUUGGUUCUCACAAAACCUCUGGGGACUCAGGUUGCAGUAAAUGCCCAUCAGUGGUUAGAUCAACCAGACCGUUGGAACAGAAUUAAACUUGUGGUUAGUGAGGAUGAUGUUAGAAAGGCAUAUCAACGAGCUAUGGACAGUAUGGCGAGGCUGAACAGAAUAGCUGCACGCCUAAUGCACAAAUACAAUGCUCACGGGGCGACAGAUGUCACUGGGUUUGGCCUUUUGGGUCACGCCCAAAAUCUGGCAAAACACCAAAAGAACGAAGUGUCCUUCGUGAUUCACAAUCUGCCAGUAAUAGCAAAAAUGGCAGCAGUGGCAAAGGCCUGUGGCAACAUGUUCCAGCUGCUCCAGGGUCACUCAGCAGAGACAAGUGGAGGCUUGUUAAUCUGCUUGCCGCGAGAGCAAGCAGCAGCUUACUGCAAAGACAUCGAGAAGCAAGAAGGAUACCAGGCUUGGAUCAUUGGAAUCGUUGAGAAGGGAAAUCGUACUGCUAGAAUCAUCGAUAAGCCUCGAGUUAUUGAAGUCCCGGCUAAAGAAAAAGACGGGGAACUUUGGUAACAUCGGUUCACCUAAAAGAACACUUUAAAUAAUUGGGAAAUCAACAUUUUUUUGAUCGAUCUUCAUCAUAUCGCAGCACCGAAGGAAACAAAUGAGAUAAUUGAUCAAGGAGAAGAAAAUAAUUUGAUACAAUAUAUAAAUUGGAAUUCAAGGAGAUCAGUCUGAAAUUUACAAAAACCUUUUCUUUUAUCAGCUUUUAAAACUGUUUGAACCUUUCGUUAACAAAAACACUUUAGCUAUUCUGUUGUAAGACAUGAAAUUAUGUUGAUGAAAAUUUUCCCAAUUUGAUUUUUAUCCGAAUAUUCAUAUUUUUCGUCUGUUUAUGGAUUAUUUUACGCACAUGUGCUGAACUAAGGGUUUCAGAAAAGAUUUUUAAUUUAUUUUUGAAGGUUUUUUUUUUAAUAGUUACCUAAGCAAUGGUAAUAAAUUGAUAAUUCAUAAGUAUGUGUAAAAAUUGAAAGGAUGUGUUUUUAAGAGUUCCUCAUAAUUACCCUUAGUUUUAGCCAUGUUUGUAAAAUAAUCGAGGAGUUCAACUUUGUUUUCUAUGUUUUGCUGCUCAUCAUUUUUCUGCUGAUUGAUAGCAAAGACUAGAACAGUACGUCUGGCCAAGACAAUAGUAUAGGCAGAGUGGCUAGUCCACCAUCGAGCUUUUCACGUCUUUGUUAAGAAAUAAAUAUCAGACAGUAGAAGAAAAUGGAUACAAAUUAAUAAUACGAUGAUACAACACUGUAGAAAUAUCGCUUUUGACGAAAAUCAUCAAAACCAAUUCAUCUUACGGUUGAUCGCUUUCAACUUCGAAUCUCACUCCGAAUUCGAAGAAUGCAAUCGGAAAGUGCGUCAAGUUUAUGAUAUUAUGAACCACUCUGUGCAUGCAAUAAUAAUUCUUUAUGAUGUCUGCGGCCUUGUAACCAUUCCAAAAUUGGUUUCCUCAAUGAAGAAAUAAUGGAAUGAUGAUUGAAUAUUAAUUAUCUUGGGCCAUAGAAUAAAUUUACUAUCUUUUUCAUACAAAAAUAAAUACUUUGUCAAUACAAACUUAA